AUGAAAAAGGGGUUCUUGGCGGCCAGGCCUGAUGUCAAAGCCUGUGGAGCUCGCAAGAUUGCGACCCCACUCGAGGCAAUCGGAUGCCACGCCCAGAGGCAUGCUUCGCCUGCUUCAUGUUCUCAGCACGAGGGCUUGGACUUGAACAGUGUCCUUAAAGCAGCGAAGAGGCUUCUGGCUUCAGGGCACGUGUCUGCUGCUUCACGAGCGGCAGUUUGUGUGCGCAAGCUUCAGUCCGAAACUGAUCCCCUAUCGCUGACUGAAGUGCUGUCGGCACUUGAGGCGUGCGAUGAGAAGGAGAAGGAUGUGGCUAAGCACGCUAUGUUGCUAAUGGAUCGUUCAGACCCCCCGAUCGAUGCCCUACUGGAGCUUUUGAGGUAUGGUGUUGAAGGAGAAGUUUGGGAUCAUUUGCACACGGCUUUGGAGCGAAGUCUCGGCCAGUUUACAACGAUGCUCCGGGAAGUUGGGCUUCUUUCAGAAGAUAGCCUCUUGCUGCAGCCGCAGGCGCGGCAAACGGGGCAGACAAAGCAAGUCUAUGUGCUGGCAUCUAUGCGAGAAUAUGGAGGUACUUGGGUUGAUAUUCCAUGUUCAUCUGCGGACCCAGAAAGCAUUGCAGCUCAGGCUGCAGGAAUCACAGCCUUUUCGCCUGGUACAACACCUCGAAAGGAAGAUGGGUAUCGUCAAGGUACCCGGACGUCAAGCGACAGAGGAUGCGCCUGGCGGGUAGUUCAAAGCUCUGCUUGGCCGUCGUGUGAGAUACUGUCGCCUGACAGUGGAAAGUGGGCUGUGCUUUGCAGCGGCGAUUGGGUAGAGAUGGUUGAAGAUCCUGAUGAAGACGACGCAGGCAGCUGUGCGCACAGCGGCCCUUGGCCAGCGAUGCGCUGUGCUGCCGAAUUCUUGCAUGGCACGUUACCCAGGAUAUCUUUCGACGAUGCGCUUGGACGGGUCUCCAAGCAGAAGCCCGCCUUGGUAGGAGCGGCGCAUCUGAUGCGCCGUGCAGAGGCCCGGUGGAGCCUGCAGUUCCUCGAGGAGACGUCUCCAGAUCCCAGCAGUCCUGAAGCAAGCAGAUUUUCCGUCUAUCGCGCACGCGAACCAUACCGGCGCUUCCGUUACGCCGGGCAUGCGGCAGGUGGCAGUGGAACUGAGGACCUCUACGAUAUGCACCUGGAGGAUAGUGCAGAGCAGCUCUGUCUGGACUUUCGGGACUUUGCGAAACGCAAGCGGGAUGCAGCACAAGGUCGCGGUGACGGUUAUGCAUAUUACCUGUGGGGCGUGGCGCUAAGACGUGCAGGGGCCGAUCCAGGAUCAGACGCAGGAGGCGACUUUGAAGGCUUCAACUUCGGGCCUGCCGUGGAUGAAGAUCUAGCAGAAGAGGGCCUUUGGCAACGUUUGCACCAGCUGCAGAAGGUUGCAAGCUGGGGCUGCUUUCGGCAAGCGCAGAUUUUCGUGGGCUGCGAAAAUGCGCUAACGCCGUGUCACUACGACAUGGUCCACAACGCUUACGUCCAAGUGCGAGGUUGGAAGCGCUUCCUACUCGUCGAUCCCUGCUAUGCGCCGAACCUUUAUGCAUACCCGCAGGGGCAUCCAAUGGACCGUUGUGCGCAAGUGGAUCUCGAAUCUCCAGAUUUUGCACGCUUCCCCAAGCUCAAGGCUGUGAGGGCAGUUGAGGCAGUUCUUGGUCCUGGAGAUUUGCUUGUGUUGCCCGCGGGAUGGUGGCAUCAUGUGCAGUCUUUAACCGAGGACUCGCUCUCGGUGAGCUUUUGGUUCGAUGAGCCGCCACUUCAAGCAAUACCUCGAGCGAUACCGCUCACUUCCUUUCAGCGAGUGCAACUUGCUCGUGAAGCGGAGCGCCUGCUGCUGCUGGUCUUGGGAACUUCCAGGCUGCGCAGCGCUAUGCACACGUUGCGAAACAUGCUGGGUGAAGACGCUGGCUGCCAAGUUCAGCAAAGCUCUGAUGAGGUUCUGGCUUGUGCGUGGCUGCUGUGGCGCUUGAGCUACACCUUGGGGAGUGUGGAGGUGGCCAGGAGUUUGGCCUUGGCAAUAGCAGAUGAUGCACGCAUGAGCCGCUUGAAGCUGCGCACUUUGAAAAAUGAGUAG